UGUCCGUAGGUAUGACUCAGGAAUUCAACUCUCUCUCUGACUCGCGCGCGCACGCACACUCACGCGCUAAAAAUCCUGCUCAACCGGCCCGGUGACCAGCUCGCAUAAAAUCAGGUUGACGGAGUCACCGAGCCGCAGAAAACCCUCCAGCGACGAGGCCAAACCCGCUGUGUGUGUCACAUCAACUUCGGACCAAACAUUUGUGGAACUUUUACAUUUUAUUUAGUAUUUUUGUUUCGCCGUUAAGGUGAACAUGUCUAUUCUACCCGACGACACGACCUUUGCCGAGUUCAAGAAGCAGUGUUUAUCAACGGACAACUGGGUCAACAAGUACGAUAAAUACGGGAUGAAAGUGUGGGUCGAGAGUCUCGCGGCGGAUAAAGGAAACAACGUCGCCAAAGUGCACAAGAUCAAGUGUUCAAUGACGAUCGACGACGUGUCAGCCGCCACCAUGUAUGACGUCGUUCAUGACGGCAUGUACCGCAAGGAGUGGGACCCCGCCAUGAUGGAGAGUUAUGACGUCGCGCGCCUCUCAGCCAACGCGGAUGUGGGCUACUACUCAUGGCGUUGCACAAAGCCCAUCAAGAACCGAGAUGUGGUUUCUCUACGUUCGUGGCAGGUGAAGGGGGACGAGUACGUCGUGAUUAACUUCUCAGUCAAACACCCGAAACACCCCCCGUGCAACAAUUUCGUGAGGGCCAUCUCCAUCCUCACUGGAUAUUUCAUCAAGCCCACAGGACCAAACAGCUGCACUUUCAUUUACCUUUCACAAGCCGACCCCAAAGGUUCUCUUCCCAAGUGGGUGGUGAACCAAGCGUCUCAAGUUUUCGCUCCCCGGGUGAUGAAGUGUAUACACAAGGCGGGACAGAACUACCCGGAGUGGAAACGGCAGAACUCUCCCGGCCAGAAGCCCUGGUUGCACCCGGAGCAGAGCACGCUGCCCCUGAUGGACCCCGCCGAGUUGUCCAUACAGAGAGCCGACUCGCUGGAGAACAUGGACGAGAGUCACAAGGUGGCCCUUCAGGACAGCGAGGACAGCAGCUAAAUGGCCCUGAGGGUGAUGAGAGGGGCCCGGGGGCGGGGGGGUUGGAAAUUGAAUACGAGACCUCCGACCCCGGGGAUGUCGCCCUGCUUUCCAGAUCCGUGUGCCUUUUGGGGACGAGCAAGAGCAUGAAGUGUCUACAGCUGUUUUAGCAGACGGAAACGAGCACGGAUCAAGUUGCCAUUUACCUCCAGUACACGUUGAAUUAAGCUAAACAUCUCGCCACAAUUGUACAGACUUAAAGCUGGCGAAUGUGCCAUAGUUACAGUGCUACAUUUACAAACGGGUCCUCUCUUGGGCGUUUGAUAGUUGCAGCUAUGGACACAAACCCACUUUUUAAAUGAAGAAAUGAAUCGUGGUUGUCCACUUUGCCUUUACACGUGACUGUGAAUGGAAAUGACAUUAGUUAAUGAGACCUGAUAGUCACUCUUCAUACUGUUAAAGCUAUUCAUCAUUUAAUGUUGCGGUUAAAACAUUGAACUUAUUCUGGGGGGGGUUUGACCUCAAACAAAAACACUAACAUUCUAAAGCUUUUUUACAUUUUUUAUUGCCAACCAUUAGUUUCAUUUAGUCAUGUUCAGUGAGCAACCAUGUUUCUUUCUUCAGCGUGCAAUGCAGGAAGAUGUUUUGAAGGUUCAUUGUAUUCAUUUCUGAUGUUGUGCAAUCAAAGGUUUUGCCUUUCUGAAGUUAUACAGACCUGCAGCGGGAGAUCAGUUGGAUCUAAAGAAUAAGAAAUCUGGAUUGUAUUAUAGCAGACUGGUGUUUUGACCGAAGAAUGACCAAAAAAAGAUAUUUUAUUUUAUUUAUUUGAUGUGAUGAUGGAGUAAAGAUCUUUGAAUGAAGCCUUGCAGGCUGAGCCUAUUCGGUCUGUCUUACGAUGUGGAAUGUAGUCUUGACUUUAAAAAAAAAACACUGACAAGUGUAACUUGAUGACUGUUAUUAACUGCAUUCCUCUUAACACAAUCAAGUUGCAGGAGAAACCGGCUUCGAGUGGAACAAGUUGGUCCACGCAAACCGGUGCACGCUCCUAAAGGUGACCAGGGUUCAAAAUGUUUUAUUUAUUUUGACCAUGUCUAUGUGGUGCUAGAAACUACUUUAAGAUCUUCAGAUGGAAAACCAAAAAUAAUUUAAGUGGUAGUAAUGUAAAAACAGAUUUGGAUGGUGUUGGGAUGCAACACGCACAUAUUUUCAUAUUUUAAAAAACCCUGUUUACUGGCAUACUGCAUUGAAAUACAGAUGGUAUUAAAAUAUUUUCUAUA